AGUGUCAACUGGUUCAAUCGCUGGAAAUCACAGUUUGGAGCUGAAAGUUCUUGAGAUUUGGAUUUUUCACAGAAGCAGCAGGCGCGGGCUAGCAGACGGCGCGGACUCGCGAGCUUGUCGUCCUGCCGUGCCGCCUUCAUCGAUACCCUGCCCCCCACCCCCGGGCCGGGGAUGAUCAAAGCCGUACGCCGCACGCAUUGAGCCACAUUCGUACGGAUGAGGAGGGAGAUGUGAGCACCUAGCACUGGAGUGAGUGUAAGCACUUAGCACCGAGUGAGAGGGAGCCACGGAGAGGGACCUCUCCAGCGAUCUUGUGGGUUCUGGUUUAAUUAACAGACCGCUCCGUUCUGUGACGGCACCAAUGCUCGGUUGGCAUCGCGAUACGGAUACACUUCUGCGGAGUCCGGUGCCACCUGCGUGGGACGGUGGAGUCUUCUGAGUCACUCAAGCGUCAGCAGACACGUGAGAAAUUACGUCAUUCAAUUGUCUUAGGAUCAGACAAGAAAAAAAAAGUGUGACACCGUGAAAACAAAAGGAGGAGUUAUCGGUCUUGUAAGGGAGACAACUUGUGUAAACAUUGCUGUCAAAUUCAUGCUGGGAUACUUACGUGUUGCUAAACGGGUUAUCGGCCUUAGUUUGUCGUAAAAAAAAACAGUUGAAAUAAGAGUGAGCAUUUCCAAACACGUGCUGACAGCGAGCUUGGUUAAAUUCUCAAGCAGGUUGUCCGGGAGAUGUCCGAUAAAGUGUCGACGACAAACAUCAUGACGGACGGCAUCGUAGAGUUGAACGUGGGCGGCGUGUUCUACAGUACUAGUCUGGAGACGCUGCGGAAGGAGCAGGACAGUUACCUGGCCAGGUUGUUCUCUGACGCCAACAAGAGCAAGGCACUCAGGGACGCUAAGGGCAAGUACUUCAUUGACAGGGACGGUGUGCUCUUCAGGUAUGUCCUCGACUAUCUCCGCAACCUGAAGCUUGUGUUACCUGAGAACUUCCACGAGAAGGAACGUCUCAGGCAGGAGGCCGAGCACUUCCAGCUUCCCAACCUGGUCAAGAUCGUCAACGCCUACCCGUCAAUCAAGGCACAUCACGUGACGCCCCUGCCCGCCCUGGGACAGAUCAAAGACCCCGCCCCCGUCAACCAGCACCUGUCCCCACAGAGCACCUACCCCCAGAGACCCCCGGCGUCACCCCCCGCCACCAACGACUCCGCGUCACCCACGGGGGACAACAUGGUCAACAACGCCAACUCCUCCCCGUCCCCCAUCAACGAACGCAGCAACGGGUUCAUCACCGUCGGCUACCGGGGCACGUUCGCCUUCGGGCGGGACGGGCUAGCAGACGUCAAGUUCCGGAAGUUGAGCCGUAUCAUCGUCUGCGGGAAGGUCUCGCUGUGCCGGGAGGUGUUCAAGGACACGCUCAACGAAAGCCGAGACCCGGACCGCGGGGAGUUCGACCGUUACACCAGCCGCUUCUUCCUGAAGCAUUCCUUCCUGGAGCAGGCCUUUGACAUGCUGCAGGAGGAGGGGUUCACGCUGGUGGGCAGCUGUGGGUCAGGCACCAACAGCGCCGGGGAGGUCAAGCCCGGUCUGGACACGGAAGAGGCCAAAUGGCAACAUUAUAACGAGUUUAUUUUCGAGCGGCGCUGAUGGACUGUUGGGGGAUUUCAAGAAUCGGUGGGUGCAAGCCUUAAAUUUACGGUAUUGAUACCUUCUUUAUCGCGUGCGUCAAGAUCGAAUCUGCACCGUUUGCAUGUUGGGCUGGAAACUUGUGCUGCAGAGCCAUUCAAGCUGAUUUUUUUAAUGUUUUUAUUUUAUUUUGAAACAAACAAUGAAACAAUUCACAAUGUAAACAUUUCAAAUGUGCACUAGUUCCCCAGGACACCUUUGCAUCCAUUACCCUAAUUUUUUCUCGCAUCAUAAACUUCACAAAAUAAAAAAUUUACUUCAUUACUUGAAGCCAUUUGAUCCGGCAAAUAGAUUUUACAAAAUCACCUUUAUAAAAAUUUCUAGGCCUGCGUAGUGUAUUUUUUUUAAUGAUGUAUAUUGUAGCUUUUUAUAGACAAAUAUAUUGUAUAGAGCCGCUCAUUAAAGAAUUUAGAAAAUUGAGCCCAGUAUUAGAGAAAACAGGUACAACUAGUUGUGCAUAUAUAAAGCACCUGUAUAUCGAUUACCUGAUGUCCAAGGUUUAAAAUCUUGACCACUGUCUACUUUGUUAUUUUGUCUUUAACUUUAACGUAGUAUUUAGUCAAUAGUUGUAAAAGAGUUGCUUCCCCUUAAGUUAAAAAAAGAAAACCUAUCCAACUAUAGCUCCCCCCUCCCCACAUACACACCCACUCUAAGCAAAUCCUGUCCACCUAAUGAAAUACGUGUUCUCUGUGUCCAGGCUGGUAAGACUUUUCAGCUAGGGCAGAUGGGACGUUAGGGCAGAUGGGACGUUAGGGCAGAUGGGAUGUUAGGGAAGAUGGGAUGUUAGGGCAGAUGGGAUGUUAGGGCAGAUGGGAUGUUAGGGCAGAUGGGACGUUAGGGCAGAUGGGAUGUUAGGGCAGAUGGGACGUUAGGGCAGAUGGGACGUUAGGGCAGAUGGGACGUUAGGGCAGAUGGGAUGUUAGGGCAGAUGGGAUGUUAGGGCAGAUGGGACGUUAGGGCAGAUGGGACGUUAGGGCAGAUGGGAUGUUAGGGCAGAUAGCAUAAUCGGCUGUUGGGGUAAAUAAAAUAAAAAUAGGAUACUAAGAAAACGUUUUGUGACCAUUACUUGGGUUAUCUUUCAUUUAUGCACCAUUGAUUGUAUGAAUAUAUCGUAUAAACAUGAACGUACUGUAUGAUCAUGUUAUAAAAUAUAUUAUACUCACAACACAUAUGAUUUUGACAUGAAAAUGUAAUAUGAACAUAUUGUAUGAAUAUGUUAUAUGAAUAUAUUGAAUGAAUAUUUACAUAUUAUGUUACAUAAACGUGCCGAGUGAGAAAAUUGUAUGAGGAUGCCGUCUGAACAUGUAUGGGCAUAACAUAUGACAAUAUAUGAACAUAUCGGAAUGAACGCAUCACAGGAAAAUGUCGAAUUAAGAUGUCGAAUGAACAAAUCGUAUGAGCAUAUUGCAUAAAUAUGUAUGGUCAUAUUAAAUAUGUCGAAUGAACAAAUCCUAUGAGAUGUACAUAAACAUGUAUCAUCAUUUUGAAUAUGUCUAAUGAACAAAUCGCAUGAACAUGCCGUACUGACAUGAGGUUUGAUAGACAAUAAUGUUGGCCCAGUACUGCAAACAGUGUUUUGUCACGCAUGGUUGAACUUCAGUGUAUAUCUUUUUGGUUAUCAUUUCAGCUGUUUAGUUAUAGUUGACGUCACACGUAUGUAGUUAACGACACGGAAUAUGUUUCUUUAUGUUCGUUGUUUCUGUCUGUCUGUCUGUCGUCAGUGGUCAUUGGCCGUCCAUUUGUACCGGUCAGUGGUCAUCGGUAUUUCUGACGGUUAAUGGCCGUCCAUUUUUGUGACGGUCAACGGCCGUCCAUUUUUUGACGGUCA